GGCGGUUCUUUCGCAAGUGUCGGUCUGCCGAGCUGUGCGCCUGCGUGUUGUAGUCGGUCGCCGCGAGCCAGUCAAGCUAGGCAGUGAGUUUGUGAAGGAAGGGGUAAGGCGGGCCUUUUCCCUUUCCGGAAAGGCGGGCGGGCGGAGGAGCCGGCGCGAGCUGAGUCACCCAUCAUCGCUCAAGAGACUCUUGGAACUGGAAAAGAAGGGGGGAGACGCCCAGGCCCGCCCUGAGAGGGACUGACUGAAAGACGCCGGGCGCUCCCGCCCUUCCUCAUGAAGCCCCGCCCCCUUCUGAGCCAGCUCCGCCCCAAUUUUCUCGGAGGGGUCUCGAGGCGGGUCCUUUCACCCCUCCAGUGGCAGUAAAUUGCAUUAAAUACGCCCCGCCUUCUCAUACUCCCUGUUGGUGCCUGUAAAGGUGGUGUCCCUCCUUGCCACCUCUGUCCUCCCAUCACUUUCUGUAGGUCAGAGAUUGACUGACUUCUUGGCUGUGGUUGUAGCAAAUACACUUCAGCUUGCAUUUGGCUUCUGUCCAGCAGUGUGGUGGUGUGGCUUUCUGUUACUGGGUGCAACAACAACCCUUCUCUGUCUUCUUGUGGAUGCCUGUCUCUCUACUGCCACCAUCAUGGGCAAGGUACUGUCCAAGAUCUUUGGCAACAAGGAGAUGCGGAUCUUGAUGCUUGGCUUGGAUGCAGCAGGCAAGACCACCAUUCUAUACAAACUGAAGCUGGGUCAAGCAGUCACAACCAUCCCAACUGUGGGUUUCAAUGUGGAAACAGUGACUUACAAAAAUGUCAAGUUUAACGUGUGGGAUGUUGGGGGCCAAGAUAAAAUCAGGCCUCUGUGGCGGCACUAUUACACAGGCACUCAGGGCCUGAUAUUUGUGGUGGACUGCGCUGAUCGGGACCGCAUUGAUGAGGCCCGUCAGGAAUUGCACCGUAUUAUCAAUGAUCGAGAGAUGCGGGAUGCAAUCAUCCUUAUCUUCGCCAACAAGCAGGACCUUCCUGAUGCCAUGAAGCCACAUGAGAUCCAAGAAAAACUGGGCCUGACCCGAAUCAGGGAUAGGAAUUGGUAUGUUCAGCCAUCCUGUGCCACCUCGGGUGAUGGACUCUAUGAAGGGCUGACAUGGUUAACAUCUAACUAUAAAUCCUAAUGAUUAUUUUAAACCAUGACAAACUGUUACUAGUCAUUAAGAGAGUUAGCACGCAUAAGGAACACUGUGGCUUCCCAGAAAACAAUGAUUCUCUCUACUAAAAAGUUCAGAAAUUAAGCAUCCAUAGGAUUUUAAUGAUUGCUCACCUCUUCUCCAAUUACCAUCCUUUUCUUCUGCACACUUGACUGGCUCCCCAGUUAAAUAAAAUUUUUGCUUGGUGUUAAGAAAUGCUCUAAUCUUUAACUAUGAAUGAACAGAAGCAUUAAUUUCUGUGGCACAAUUCCAGCAAUGUGGGUUGGGGGAAAGACACAUGUAGCUUUGCAAAAUAAUUUUUCUCAAAUGUUGCAAUGCUUUGAUUUCAUUUAUUUGGGUUCUGGGGCUAAAUGUAUCAUUUCUUUAAAUGUAUGCUUUCGGGUUUGAUAGUUUUCUCCCUCAUUUAUUUUUUGCUGUAAAUUUGCUUCUUUUUGCCAUGAUGCAGAAUAUGUUAGGUCUCUGUUAUCUAGUAAAAUGAAAACCACUGUUAAUGAAUUAACUGCAUUCUGUCCUCUUUAUGGCAAGAAUCUGUAACUAAGAAAGGUAAUAAAAUUCUGGGUUUUUUUGGCCAUUGAUAAAUCAUAAAGGUAGCAUUUGAACAUAUGGUUGCUUAUUAGAAUCUAAUAUUCUUCAGUUAUCUGGCCAACAACUUCAGAAUAUUGAAAGUAGGUGGUUAUAUCAUGCAUGAUUAAGAAUGCAAAUAAGUUUCCAUUCUAAAUAGUAACCAUAUGCAGGAUAUGAGAAUGGUGUCAAACCACAGUUCCUGUACUUUGCAUUGUAGUUAGCUUUUCAGCUGCGAUAUGAAGUAAUUGCAUUAUUUUCCAGUUCUAGUGCAAAAAAAUCAUUCCAUGAAAUGCAGCAAUAAUUUAUAAGUAUCGCUGUGACAUGCAGUUUUUUAAAACACAAAACUUGAAUGGUAAAACUAUUCCUCUCAACAGUUGAGACAGGAUGGCAGUAUCACAAUUGACUAAAAGCAUCUAAAACCAUACACAAAUAUUUUUUAGAUCUUUAACUUGGCUUAAUGCAGCUUUAUGAACCUGAGAGGUUGGAGGGAACCUUCAUCUGCUUCUGUGUAAUUGUUAACCUUAAAUGCAUCAAAAUAAAAGAAGGUUGUGAUAGCUUGGUUUGUGGAUGCCACUAAAUUAAGUGAAACAACUGACUGGGUUUGGAAAGUGUGGCUCUUUGUAUGCAAAAUAAUGUUGAACGUAUGCAGGCAGAUACAGGCAAGUUCUAGCCUUUCAUUCUGGCAGUACUUUUAUUUUGUCUUUUGGAUGUCUACAUUUAUAAACCCCUAUGGAAGGGUAGCUAAUGAUUGGGGUGGAGAGUGAGCAAAUGACUAUGAAUGUAAACUUCCAUGUUGUGUUUUUUGAGGGCAAUCAUAUUAUUUUGCCAUAUCUCAGCAUUCAAAUAACUGAUUAGUUUUCAGGGGAGAUUAUUGUGAAUUCAGGUUAGCAUAAAAAUAGUUUCAAUGAAGUAUUAAUACUGGGUGCAAAAAUGUAACACAGCUGGUUUUUAUUCAGCCUUAAGGAUUAAUUUUGGAUUUCCUCAAGGAGUAACACUCAUCUGAGGAAUUUUAGGAAUGUAUUGCUACAAAACCAGAAGAAAAUUACCAUUUUCUAAAGGGUAUCUGUUUAAAUUGGGGCAUUAUACUACACCUCAGUGUUUUUUCUAUUUAAAUUAUGGACUAAAGCUUGUACCAAAGAUGUUUGAGGGAUAAAAUUAUAAUGAAUUAGUUUCUUAAAACUGAAUGCUUAGCAUCACUCAACAGAAAAUAAGUUAAGGUCUAAUUCUAGAUGAAUCUAUAAACAAUUUUAGUAUAAAAAUAAUGAAAUUAAUCUCAAUAGAAAAUGCAGCGUUCCUCCAGAAAAAAAAAUCUUUUAAAGCAUUAUAAAAUGAGAAAAAUGAACUGAACUAUUACAUAUAAUUAUGUUAAAUAAGGAAUCUUGGAAAUAGUAGUAAUACAGAAAUGUCCAUAAACAAUUGACUGUCUUCUGGAAUAGCUAAAGCCAAGCACAAAGUAGUUGCCUAAACUGGAAAACUUGAAGAUCUGUUACUGGUUCUCAAACUUUCAUAUAACUAAUUGCAGUGAAAACAUAGGUGGCUUUACCUUUGGUAUAGAGUUUGUAGUACUUUUCUCCAACUGAGGCAGAAUCAAAUCUUCAUACAAGUGUACUAAGUUGGAUACAUAAUUUGUGUAUGUCAUUUAAUUUUGUUCCUCCAGGUAUGCUGAUUCUGUAGGUUGAAAAUAAUACAUUUCUGCUUUCCCCUUUAAAUCGCCAGUUUUGGGUGAAAAUCAUAAACAUUGAAUGAAGUAAGUGGCAAAUAGAUCUAAUAAUUUUUGCUACUGAACAAAAUGUACAAAAGUUUAUAAGUGUCCUUUUCCAAAAAAAACCCAUGGUUUUGUCUUUUCUGUGGCUCAAAGUAGCCAUAAAAACAAUGGCUUUAGAUAUUUAUCUGCAGCUUGCAAGAUUAAAUGCAAUCUGUUAGAAUUCCACACCUUUAAAAAAAAAUCAGUACAUCCAACUUUUGUGUUCAUGUGACUUAUAAAGUACAACUGAAUACAUUUUUGAAUGGCGUUAACUAUGUUUGAUAAGUCUGUAGACUGUGAUCUCCCUGAAUAAAGUAAACAGGAUUUUUUGUGUCUGCAAUAUGGUUGUAGUGUUGGUAAAAGAACUAAUAAGCAGAAAAUAAAACAAUUAUACAGCACA